GGGAGUUUGGGGUGGGACCAGCAGUCGCAGCUGGACUAGCUGAGGUGAGGAUGGCUGCGUCCUGCUCCUUCCCGCUGCUGGUUGAAGGGUCCUGGGGCCCCAGCCCCCCGAAGAACUUGAGCACCAAGUUGCAAAUGUACUUCCAGAGCCCGAGGAAAUCCGGCGGCGGGGAGUGUGAGGUCCGCCAGGAGCCGGGGAGCCCGACCCGCUUCCUCGUGCUCUUCGACUCCAACGACGUUCGGCAGCAAGUUCUGGAGAGAGAGAGUCAUGAAUUAGUAUGGCCAGGAAAAGGAACAUUCAAGUUAACUGUCUGGUUGCCCACAGCCCCAGAUGAUGGCUGUGAGGGGAAAAGUCCAACAAAGGAAUCCAAGACCAAAGAACAUGUCAAAGAAUCAGAUGUAUCAGAAGAACUAGACGCAGAUCUCUCUCUCAACAGAAGAUCAGAAGAAGUGGAGAAUACUGCCAAAGAACAUGACAAUAUUUCCUCUUUGGUUGCAUUUGAAAAUGUCAUGGCAAAUAUCACUGAUAUGAUAUUAAUCCUGUUAGUUGAGAACAUAAGCGGCUUGUCCAGUGAUGACUUUCAAGUGGAAUUAAUAAGGGACUUUAAUGUUGCUGUAGUUACCUUUCCAAAAUACUUUGAUGCCGUGAAAUUUGUUGAUGACUGUGCCACACACCAUUCAGUGAAAAAAUUCCGGCUUUCUGCAAGACUCCUGGAAGUGACAAAAACAAUCAGGGUGGAAAACCUGCCGCCUGGUGUUGAUGACGAUGAUUUGAAAAGUUUAUUUGAAAAUCCCCGUAAUGGAGGGGGAGGAGUUGUCCACAUUGAAUGUUUUCCUGAAGAGAGUUCAUCUCUGAUUGAAUUUUUUGACAGAAAAGUGGUAGACACCAUCCUGACCAGGAAACUUGACCUCAACAAUAUGCCACUCUCUGUGUUCCCGUAUUAUGCCUCUUUGGGCACAGCUUUGUAUGGAAAGGAGAAGCCUCUGAUCAAGCUUCCAGCACCAUUCAAAGAAUCACUGGAUCCUUCCUUAUGGAAGUUCUUUGAGAAAAAGAAUGACCUGACUAAGGAGAUAAAUGAUGAAAUGAAACAUUGUCACUGUGAGCUAACAUGGUGCCAACUCAGUGGUGAAGUGACCAUCAGACCUACGGCCACCUUAGCCAGUCAAGGGAGACUAAGAGUCAAGACCUGGCGGGAAGAUGUUUCCACAGUAUUCUCUGGCAUCAAGUCUAAAUAUAAAGUGACCCCGUUUAAAGUGGAGCCAGUGGUGUGGGAUGCCAUAAAAAACGAUUUAGAAGAUGAUAGGAUUUUGAUUGAGUUUGAUGCACUCACAGGGAUGGUAACCUUAGUGGGGAAGUCAGAAGAUGUACAAAACAUUGAGCCACAUAUCAAGGACUUAAUAGAAAGUACCACUCAAAAAAUUAAAAGAGAAGAGCAAAGUCUGAAGCAAAAACUGGCCAUUCCUCCAGGAAAGUAUUCGCUUCUGCUGCACAGUGGUAUACAGGAGCAUCUCCGCACCGAGUGCCCAGAGAUGGAGUUUUAUUAUGAUGAAGCUUCUCAACACAUGUGCUUCAAAGGACUUCCUGAAGAUGUGUAUAAAGUGAAGUGUGAAAUUCAGGAAAAGGUAUACACCAUGGGUCAGAAAAAGAUUCAGCUUCCCCCUGAGGUUUUCCAGUUUCUGCAACAGGUAGACUGUGUUGAAUUCUCUAAGUCUCUUUUUAUAACACAGAAUAUUCUUGCAAUUUAUGAGCUAGAGGGCACAACUGUUCUCUUAACCGGCUCUUCUUCUGAAGUCCUGUUAGAAGCCGAAAAGCAAAUGAUCAGUGCCUUAAAUUAUAAGCUCAUCAAAGUUGAGGACAGGGAAGUUCUUAAUGGCAAGAAAUGGAGAGGGCUCACUUCCAAUCUGCAUAAGAAAUACAAUUCCUCCUCAGAGACUGUCAUCAUCGAUGAGGUAACUUCAGGGACCACAGCCCAGGUCGUCAUCGCAGGCUGUGUGAAAGAAGUAAAUGAAAUCCAUGACUUGGUUUCUGCCUUUGUGGAAAAACACAUGAAAAUAGAGAAAUUGAUUGAAAUAAAGCCUUCCUUAGUUAUUGAUUAUUUAAGGACAGAAAAGCUAUUCCGGCAAAAGAUCAAGAAGGUAAAUGUUCAGGUAAGUUUCAAUCUUGAGGACAAGCAGAAGGGCAUUUUGCUAACUGGCUCAAAAGCCGAAGUUCUGGAGGGAAUGGACCUUGUCAAACAAACCUGGGAUUCGGUCUGCGUUAAAAGCUUCCAUAUUGACAAGCCAGGAGCCGGUCAGUUCUUCCAGGAUAAAGCACGGUAUUACAAAAGUGAGGUCAGAAGGUUAUUUGGUUGUCUUAUUGAACUCCAGAAGGAUGAAGAAAAGGAGGGAGGCAGCACUGGUGGGCAGCGGUGCUUGUUUCGGACAGACCUGGCCCCUGGGGUCUCGCUGAUCGUGCAGCAGGGCGACCUGACGCGGUUUCCCGUUGAGGUGGUGGUGAAUGCGGCCAGUGCAGACCUCCAGCUCACAGGUGGCCUGGCUGCUGCUCUUUCAAAAGCCGCUGGCCCUGAGCUCCAAGAGGACUGUGACCAGAUAGUGAAGAAAACAAAGGGCAAGAUCUCACCUGGCUGUGCCGUCAUCUCAAAAGCAGGAAAGCUCCCAUACCACCACGUGAUCCACGCAGUCGGGCCCCAGUGGAAGACAGACGAGACCCUGAACUGUAUGUGGCAGUUGAAGGGAGCUGUGAAAGAAAGUCUCCAUUUGGCUGUAAAACACAAGUACCGGUCGAUAGCCUUCCCUGCGAUCAGUUCCAGGACCUUUGGCUUUCCCUUGCCCCAGUGUGUGGAGACCAUUAUUUUGGCGAUCAAGGAAUGUUUCCAGUAUACCUGGGCUGGAUGCAGCUUGAAAGAGAUUUACCUUGUGGAUGUAGCUGAGAAGACCGUUGAGGCCUUUGCUGAAAGUGCAAAAACUAUAUUUAAAAGCACCCUGUCUGAUGCUGCUUCCCUGCCCACUUUGCCAGCAGCAGUCCAGCCCAGCUUGAGCAGAGAUCAUGGAAACACACCCAGCCUGUUGUCCCCAGAAGGCCUGAGGAUCCUGCUGGUGAAAGGAGAUGUGCAGAGUGCCACAACUUUGAAACAAACUGUUGGUUUUGUCUUCAAGACCGAUGUCAUUGUCAACUCCAUUCCCUCGAAUCUUGAGCUCAACAGAGGGCCCCUUUCCAAGGCCCUCUUAGAAAAAGCUGGGCCAAAGCUUCAGGAGGAAUUGAACACUGCUGGGCAAGGGAUGUCUGCUGGCUCAGGCACAGUCCUCCAGACCACUGGCUGCAAUCUGCCUUGCCGCCGUGUGCUUCAUGUGGUGGCUCCGGACUGGAGAAGUGACAACACAUCUUCACACAAGAUCAUGGAAAACAUAAUCAGAGAAUGUUUGGAAAUCACUGAGCGUUUGUCCUUAAGAUCAAUUGCAUUUCCAGCAAUAGGAACAGGAAAUUUGGGGUUUCCUAAAAAUGUUUUUGCUGAAUUAAUCACUACAGAAGUGUUGAAAUUCAGUAGCAAGAAUCAACUGAAAUCUUUACAAGAGGUUUGCUUUCUGUUGCACCCAAGUGAUCAUGGAAAUAUUCAGGCAUUUUCAGAUGAAUUUGCCAAAAGGGCUAAUGGAAAUUUCGUCAAUGACAAAAUUCCCAUGGCUGAAGACACACAAGGUUCCUAUGGGACUGUUUCUAGCCCUGAUUUAGGAGUGUAUGAAAUGAAAAUUGGGCCCAUCAUUUUCCAGGUAGCCUCUGGAGACAUUACCACAGAAAAGGCAGAUGUGAUCGUUAAUUCAACAUCCAAGACAUUUAAUCUCAAAACAGGGGUCUCCAAAGCAAUUUUAGAACGUGCUGGGAAAACUGUGGAAAUGGAAUGUACUCACCAAGCUCAACAGGGACACAGUAAUUAUGUAAUUACCCAAGGAGGAUUAUUGAAGUGCAAGAAUAUCAUUCAUGUCAUUGGUGGAAAUGAUGUCAAGAACUCGGUUUCCUGUGUUUUGCAAGAGUGUGAAAACCGGAAUUACUCAUCCAUUUGCCUCCCAGCCAUUGGGACAGGAAGUGCCAAACAAAACCCAGAUAAUGUUGCUACAGCCAUAAUUGAUGCCAUCGAAGACUUCACCCAGAAAGGAUUGGUCCGGUCCAUAAAAAAAGUUAAAGUUGUUAUCUUUCUGCCUCAAGUACUGGAUGUGUUUUAUGCCAACAUGAAAAAAAGAGGACUUCAGCCUUCUCCCCAACAGUCUAUGAUGUCUAAAAUUGCAUCGUUUUUGGGCUUCUCAGGUAAAUCUCCCAAAAAACGGAAUCCUUUGGUUUUGGAAAAGAAAACAGAAAUAGCAGUUUUUGAGGUGUGUGGUGAAAAUGGAAAAUGUGUAGAAAAUGCCAUCUCCUGGAUACAGGAACUCAUUCAAAAGGAACAGUGUCCUUACACCAGCGAAGAUGAAUGUGUCAAAAACUUUGAUGAAAAGGAAUAUAGGGAAUUGAAUGAGCUUCAGAGGAAGUUAAACAUCACCAUUGAGCUGCAAGUUGACAGACCUUUGAUUAAGGUUUCUGGAAUUACCGCGGAUGUGAUGCAGGCUAGAAAUGUAAUUGAGGACAUGAUCAAGAGAGUUCGAGCAUCCAAAGAACAGGAAUCCCUGGCAGAUCGUACCAGAGAUUUUGUAGAAUGGCAAUAUGAGAACAAUAACAUUUUUCAUAGUUUUGACAAAAUAACAAAUAUGCAAUUGGAGGAUGCCAAGAAAGAAAAGAGAAAGACAAUUGGUGUCAAAAUUAAUCACCAGAGCUACAUAGUGGACUUGAACACAUACACUGCUACAGACGCAAAGGGAAACAGUUUACCUGUUCGGCGCCAUAGAAAAUCUGAAGUUGAGCUCCCCCCAUAUUGGACUGAUAUGAAGCAGCGGGGUGUCCAUGUGGUUGAGCUGCAGCCUCAUCAUCCAGAAUACAAAACUGUGGCCAGGAAGUUUAACGAGACCUGCUCAAACUUCAUCAUAGAGAAGAUUGAGAGAAUCCAGAAUCCCGAUCUCUGGAAGAACUACCAGACAAAGAAAAACAACAUGGAUGCCAAGAAUGGACAAGUAAUAAAUGAGAAGCUGCUCUUCCAUGGGACAGAUGUGGAGUCAGUGCCACUUGUCAACGGAAAAGGUUUCAACCGCAGUUAUGCUGGAAAGAAUGCUACAGCAUUUGGAAAGGGAACCUAUUUUGCUGUCAAUGCCAGUUAUUCUGCCAAUGAUACAUACUCCAGACCAGACAUGAGUGGGAGGAAGCACAUGUAUUAUGUGCGAGUACUUACUGGAAUCUACACACGUGGACAUACGUCAUUAAUUGUGCCUCCUCUAAAGGACCAGACAAAUCCUACUGACUCAUAUGACACUGUCACAGAUUGUGUGCAAAAUCCAACUUUAUUCGUGGUAUUUUAUGACUACCAGGCUUACCCAGAGUACCUCAUUACUUUCAUACGAUAACAUUUUGGUAUCCUUUACAGAAGAUAUUAUUCAUCUAUACAUUAUCUCACUGUAAAGCAAAGGUAGGGUUUUUUUUUCUUCUCUUAACAGCUUUUUCUAAAAUCAAAGGAUCCUUGUCAGUAAAAUCAGACUUUCUUCAGCUUCUCUUUCAUAACUGGAAUGAAUCUGUCUUGAAAGCAAUAAAUUUGAGAAUUUCAAUCGGGUAACCAGUUACAACUGUGUGUUCACAGCCAUGGAUAUCAGAUCUGUGGAAAUACAGGUUUGUAUUUCCAGGAAAGGAGGGAAUAACUUAAUCUUAAAAAAAUUUUUUUUUCUUUAAACUGGGGGAUGACCCCAGGACUUUGAGCAUGCUAAGCAACGUUCUACCGAGCUAUACCCCCACCCCAAAGAAUAACACUAAUCUUAAAGGCAGAGGACACAGCGAUGCAACUUCAGCUGCCACGGAGAGACAGCAGGUGUCAUGUCAGGACUCCAUGCUGCGGGGAGCACAGUUUUACUAAGUGGGUAGGGCUGCUUUCUUCCCAGGCAACAGGAAUGGUGCCUUACUUUUUAUCCCUGAGCUGAGGUCUGUGCCUGAUGUACAAUGGGUGCUUCCUAAGUGUUUCAUAAACCAAUUAAGAACCAAAAAGCCGUCAGGCUCCUAAGCAAAAUGAGAACCAUCUCUUCAACACCCUUGACUUAUUGUCACUUCACCUCAAAUUGCAGAGAUUCUGCGGCAGGGAAAUUGUUCUUCACGAACCAGUCUACGGCACGUGGGACAGCUCGGGGCCAAGGCUCUGGGCAGUGUAGCCGUGCCCAUCACAGUCUAGGGGCUGUGGUCCAGCUUGGGGAUGAGGUGAAUUGUGUUCCAUGGAGUUGUGCACCACAGCAGCCCUGUCUCCGAUUGGACCUUUUUAAUAUUGAACCCCAAUCUGCCUUCUUGUAGCUUCUACUCAUAGUCUUAGUUCUGCCCAAUGGAAAAAAAGUGUAAUGCCCGCUCAUCUUCAGUGUGAAACCUUCUAUGUUAAGAUUAAAUGAAUCUAAGGAUAUUAAAUAGCAUAUUUUCCUUGGCAGCCUAGCUUUUGGUGAUUUUAAAGUGCAUAAAUAAACCAAACGGAUUAAGCAGUCA